AGAACGUGAAGAACCAAUAGCAUCUACAUCUACAGAACGUGAAGAACCAGUGGCAUCUACAUCUGCAGAACGUGAAGAACCAGUGGCAUCUACAUCUGCAGAGCAUGAAGAACCAGUGACAUCUACAUCUGCAGAACAUGGAGAACCAGUGGCAUCUACAUCUACCGGAGAUUAUACAACUUUUAAAGCCAUUCUCCGUGUUUAGUAUACAUGUCGUACACCAUGUUUGGAAUCAACAGGAGUAAAAUUGGACUUGGGAACAAAUCGACUUACGAACAGACCUCUGGAACCGAACUCGUUCGCACCCACCUUGCAAGGAAGUCAAGGAACGCGCGCGGCGUGCAGAUUGACAGCACCCGCACGCGGUCACACCGGCACAUGGCUGGGGUGUUCGCCAGGCGCUGGGGUCUUCGCCUGGGCGUCGCUGCUGUCGCCGUGUACAUCCUCGUCAUCAUCUCACAGCGACCCAGGGGCACGGAAUACGAGAUAAGCAAAGACCAAGAAUCACACUUGGAAGACACGCCCGUGCUGGUGGACGAGGCAUUGGAUGAACCCGUAUGGCCUGAGUUGGCGAGGCCUUCACGUGCGACACGCCGGCGCAAGAGGCCCGAGUCUCAAGUAAGGCCACCCUCUCUGUGUGGCCCCGGAUCAUCUUGGGUCCACUGCUUCCAGCCCAUCCGUCUGCAGUGGCCCGGGGCACAUGCGCGACAGGCGACUGAGGCCGCGCCCAGCGAGGCUCCGCCUGGCAGCGGCCUUCACCGGGACCCGGACGAGGAAGGCGGCAGACGAAGAAUAGACGAGGAAGAAGCCAUGGCCACCACCACCACCGCCGUCGCCACGUGUAAGGCGGCGAGGAUGUGUUCUGUCUACGGGACGUGCUGGACGCCUUCCGCGUCUGUCUGGACGAGCGCGGCGAGGUGCUGCUGGAGGAGUACGCGCAGGGAUGGCGGGGACUGAUCAAGUUCAUGAACAGCCUGGGUACGAUGUUCUCCUUCAUCUCGAGCGACGCUGUCAGCAAGCUCAACAUCCUGGAGGCCUACCGCACUGGCCCGCACGCCGACAGCUACCGCUCGCUGCAGACCAUGGCACGCUUCGAGUCGGAGGCCGGUGACCUCGUCGCCGCCUCCAAGCGCGAC